AUGGAGAGGGUGAAGAAAUUCAUUUUGCUUCCUCUCAUCUUAACUGCCUCGCUACCAGGUCUUGGCUUUUGUUACUCUAUUAUAAAUGGCCCUGCUAAUGCAACAGUCCUUGCUGGUUCAGAAGCCCGGUUUAAUUGCACUGUGUCAGUAGGAUGGGUAAUUCUCAUUUGGCUGUCCAAUGGAAAUCCUGUCCUCACUGUCAUCAGUUCUCAAGGACCUAUUGAAACAUCGGACCGCUUCACUUCUCAGAAUUAUACUGGUAGCAACGGGUUUACCUCGGAGCUGAUCAUUCACAACACCCAGCUGAGUGACUCUGGAAAAAUUGAAUGCAGCACCCAGCAACCUAGUGAGAGCAGCUUUGCAUUUCUUUCUGUUCAAGUUAAUGGAUCUUUAUUCAUCAAAAAUAGCACCUUAACAGUAAAAGAGAACAAAACAGUUGAAAUUGUUUGUGAAGCCUUAGGAUGGGCUCCAGCUCCAGACAUUACCUGGAUGACAAAUGACUCUUUCAUUGAUAAGUCGAGGUAUGUUACCCAGCAAAGUCAAGGAUCUAAUGGCCUCCACAAUGCCCUGAGCAUCCUAACUUUGACUCCGAUGGACACUGAGAUUUUGACUUGUUUAGCUGACAUAGAAGCACUCCCUAAUCCUCAGAAUGCAACUGUAACUGUUAUUGUUGUCAACUCUACUAUAGAAAAUGAUUACAGGGAAGACAGCAGAAGCACAUGGGUUAUUGUACUUGCAGUCGUGCUUUCACUUGUUGGUAUUAUUCUUCUGAUCGUUAUUAUUGCGGCUGUCAUACGCUGCUGCUGUCUAAAGAAGAAAGGAUCUACGUAUCAAACUGAAAUAAGGUAA